GACGUCACCCGGCCGGCGGCGGCGUUGGCCGGGUCACCGCCAUUGGCGGAGAGCUGGGCACGUGGUCAGUUUAAAUCGCCCAGCUGGCUCGACGCACGGAAGGAAUUCUAUGGUGAGCCUCGAGCCGUAGCUGUUUGUGAGUCAAAGAUGGCGGACGGAGAGAAUAUCCUCCUGAAUCCCGGUGCCAACGGCUCCGAACUGGACGAACCGCUAGCUAAAAAGCGCAAGAUAGGAGCGACUGUGGGACCCGGCGUUAAGAGCGUCCAGGCAGAGCCGGAGUCGCGUCUAUCAGAGACGGGCAAGUCUUGGGCGGCGGCGGCGGUGUCUCCGCGGCCGGUGGAGGAGGAGAAGACUGAGGAGGAGGAGGAGGCAGCGGCGGCGACGGCGGCAGCGGCGGGACAGGCCACAGUCACAGCAGGCGGAGACAAUGGACUGUCGGUGCCCGAGCCUCGGGGAGAGCUGCCGAAUCACGGGGAGACGGCGUCCAUCGACGGACCCGUGGCGGAGCUCAACAACUCGGUGUUCGUGGAUGACAGCGAAGCGGGCCACCCAAACGGCUUCAGCUUCCACGACUCGGUGACAGAGGACGAUGACAGGUCUUCGCACGCAAGUUCCAGCGACUGGACCCCCCAGCCACAGAUUGGAUCCUACAGUUUUAUUCAACAACACAUUAUGAGAGAGACGGAUCCAAGAACCAUCUUGAGAGAUCUCCUACCAGAGACUGUGCUCCCUCCAGACCUGGAUGACAUGACUCUCUGGCAGAUCAUCAUCAACAUCUCAGAACCACCUAAAAGAAAGAAGCGCAAAGAUAUCAAUACUCUGGAGGAUGUUGUGAGGCUGCUGCACGAAUCCAAGAAGAUCCUAGUUUUGACUGGGGCUGGAGUGUCUGUGUCGUGUGGAAUUCCAGAUUUUCGAUCCAGAGAUGGUAUUUAUGCAAGGCUCGCAAUAGAUUUUCCUGAUCUUCCAGACCCUCAAGCAAUGUUUGAUAUCGAGUACUUCAGGAGAGACCCCAGGCCUUUUUUCAAAUUUGCAAAGGAGAUCUAUCCAGGGCAGUUCCAACCGUCACCAUGUCACAGAUUCAUAUCGAUGCUGGACAAGCAGGGGAAGCUGCUUAGAAACUACACUCAGAACAUUGACACGCUGGAGCAGGUGGCAGGCGUGCAGAGAAUCAUACAGUGCCAUGGCUCUUUUGCCACUGCCUCCUGUCUAGUCUGCAAACACAAGGUUGACUGUGAAGCUAUCAGAGAAGAUAUCUUCAGUCAGGUGGUACCGCACUGCCCUAAGUGUCCUGACUUCCCUUUGGCAAUCAUGAAGCCUGACAUUGUGUUCUUUGGAGAAAACCUUCCAGAGCAGUUUCACAGGGCAAUGAAACAGGAUAAAGAUGAAGUUGACCUCCUCAUAGUCAUUGGAUCAUCACUCAAAGUGCGACCUGUAGCGCUUAUUCCAAGCUCUAUCCCACACGAAGUGCCUCAGAUUCUCAUCAACCGCGAGCAGCUUCCGCACCUUAACUUCGAUGUGGAGCUGCUGGGUGACUGUGAUGUCAUCAUAAACGAACUUUGUCACCGGCUGGGUGGAGAGUACAAACAAUUGUGCUACAACCCUUUGAGACUUGGCGAGAUAACGGAGAAACCGCCGCGACCUCCAGCUGAAAACACUCCCUGCGAGCCCAGCUCGGUGGCCGAGGUUUUGGAGAGGCGAGCGAGCGAACCUGCACGGGUCUCCACCGACUCGGCACAGGAAAUUCAGGUCGAGUUCCCAGCCAAUGUUGAGGCAACCCUCCCCCCAGCAGACGCUGUAACGGACAAUGUACCAAUUACUAGGACGCAGUCGCCUGAGAAGGAGGACUCUGAAAUCACUGAGGCUCCGGAGUCGCGGAUAGAGGAUGUGAAGAACAGAAACCCGACUGCUGAAAUUCGAAGAAGAUACUGGGUGAACCGAGUUAGCAGAAGCCCGAUCAGCAAACGGCUAGAAACCUGUCAGUACUUGUUUCAAGCACCAAAUCACUACAUCUUCCAUGGAGCCGAGGUGUACUCGAACUCGGAGGACGAGACAAGCAGUUCCUGCGGUAGCGACACCAACGGUUCGUGCUGCAGUGUUGACGGGCUGGGGGAGGAGGACAGUGAUGCGGAAGACACCGGAACGCUGCCGGUGGAUGAUGGGGAGGACAAGGAAGACUGCCUUACAGACACACUGCUGCAAAGAGGCGGCAGCGAAGACGAAGACAAAACUGUUCACACGGACAAUGCCUCUGAGACUGUCCAAAGUCCUACACGAGUUUAACAUUGAAUAAAUCUCAAAGCAGCUUCCCCCCCACCCCCUUCCUUUUACACUGCAAUGUGUAUGAAAGCACUCGCAGUUUUGCUGUAUUUAAGGCAAGUUAUUUUCAUUCAUUUUCAUACAGUCCCUGUAGGUCAUGUGCCAGCUCCCCCCCCAGUUGGUAUGGUACGCAUA